CAAACACUGGAGCUUCAAUCGAAGGCCCGUCGGCAUUGCAGCUUCAGAGUUCAGUGAGAAACUCGAAGACCGAUCGGUAGAUCCGAAGGAGAAGACGAAGGAAGGAAAGCAUUGCCCCUCAAUGCGGUUAACGUGAGGCGGUGAAGGAAAGGAGCGGAAAAUGAAUGAGGAGAGGUCGUCGCUGUGCAAUUGGGUGGUGAAUUUUCUGUUGGAGGAGAACUACUUACUUACGGCGUUCGAGCUGCUCCACGAGCUCCUUGACGAUGGUAGGGACGAUCAGGCCAUUCGUCUCAAGGAAUUCUUCUCCGAUCCUUCUCAAUUCCCGCUUGAUCAGAUCUCGCACUUCAAUUCUCUCCGAGUUGCGGAUCCACAGAGUUUACUGGAAGAGAAAGAUGCUUUUGUGGAGAAGCUAGCUCUUGCUGAGUAUGAUCUUCGUUUGGCACGAGAGGACAUUGAAAGAUUGAAGGAUGAACUGCAGAAGAGAUUAGAUUUUCCGCCGGAUGGUUUGAAAGAGUCAAGACAAAAAGAGCCAUUAAAUCACGGACCAGAUGUCUUGCGAAAAAAGAGGGAUGUGUCAUUCUCUGAUUUGGGCCCCUUGAAGGAUACUGAACGUAGAGAUCUUAACUGUGCUGUAAAGGAAUAUUUGCUAAUAGCGGGAUACCGUCUUACUGCUAUGACAUUUUAUGAAGAAGUUACAGAUCAGAAUUUAGAUGUUUGGCUGAACACACCUGCAUCCGUCCCAGAUGCCUUACGACAUUAUUAUUAUCAAUACCUUUCAUCGACUUCAGAGGCUGCUGAGGAGAAAAUUGCCAUGCUUCGAGAAAAUGAGUCACUACUAAAAGCAAAUGAGAGCCUAAGUCAUGAAAAAGUGAGCUUGCAGAAGAGCAAAGACUUGGUUGACAAUCAAGUACUUGCACUGACUAAAUCCUUAGAAGGCCUUCAGAGGGAUCUCAAGGACAGGGAGAACCUGAUACAAGUACAGAAGCAGUCACUAGAACAUCAGAGAAAGGAACUUAAUGAUUGCAGAGCUGAAAUCACUUUACUGAAAAUGGACAUUGAAGGAUAUCGUUCUGGACGAAAUGUUGUAGAUAAUGAUGUUGAUCCUGUUCAAUUGCAGCCCUUUGAGAUCUACAAAGAAGACAUUAAAGCUUUGAAGAUGGAAAUAGAAAGAUUAAAGGCUGCAACUAUCACUGCUCCUGAAUCACUAGAUUCCAUUAGGACUGAGAAAGAGUCAAUACAAACUGAAGUGAAAGUUGUUGAGAUAGAUGAAGAUAAAACUGUAAAAUCUGAUCCUAUUGAUGGGGGGAAAGUGAUAGGCAACGAAGAUCCUCAGUCACUUGUGGCGCCAACCUUGGAUGAUAACAAUGAAAAACCUAGGGAAAUGUCAGAGUCGUUGACGAGUCCCUUUACCGGUAGUGAUACUUCCUCCAAACAAAUUGCUGAGCCACCAUCAGAAGACGCUGGCUUUCAUCUUAAAUCCAGCAACUUAAGUGGUGAAGCUGCUUCUGAGAACACUGGUGUAGGAACCAUUCAAAUCCUUGCUGAUGCUCUACCCAAGAUUGUUCCAUAUGUUCUGAUUAAUCAUCGGGAGGAGCUUCUUCCCCUGAUGAUGUGUGCGAUUGAGCGCCAUCCAGAUAGUACCACACGAGAUUCCUUGACACACACAUUGUUUAAUUUGAUCAAACGCCCAGAUGAACAGCAACGGGGAAUCAUAAUGGAUGCAUGUGUUAACCUUGCUAAGAAUGUAGGAGAGAUGAGAACAGAAACGGAGUUGCUUCCCCAAUGCUGGGAACAAAUAAACCACAUGUAUGAAGAGCGUAGGUUACUCGUUGCUCAAUCAUGUGGAGAGCUUGCAGAUUUUGUUCGGCCUGAGAUUCGGGAUUCACUUAUUUUGUCUAUCGUGCAACAACUAAUAGAAGAUUCUGCAACUGUCGUCCGAGAGGCUGCUGCUCGUAAUCUGGCUUUGCUGCUUCCACUCUUUCCAAGCAUGGACAAAUAUUUCAAGGUUGAAGAAUUAAUGUUCCAGUUGGUCUGUGACCCCUCCGGAGUGGUGGUAGAAAGUACGCUCAAAGAGCUACUCCCUGCAGUUAUUAAUUGGGGAGACAAAUUAGACCAUAUUUUAAGAGUUCUACUCUCACAUGUCUUAAGCUUUGCUCAGCGUGCUCCACCUCUUUCUGGAGUUGAAGGAUCAUUGGAGUCUCAUCUACGUGUUCUAGGGGAAAGAGAGCGCUGGAAUAUUGAUGUUUUGUUGAGGAUGCUGGCAGAGCUGCUUCCUUUCGUGUACCAGAAAGCAAUCCAGACAUGCCCUGUAUCUUCUUUCUCAGAUUCAAAGGAUGUACUAUUAUCUCGCUCAUUGCUAGAUUUGUGUGCAAGGGAACAUGUUGAAUGGUCUGCAUUUGAAUGGGUGCAUGCCGAGUGCUUUCCUGAUUUGAUACAGCUGGCAUGCUUUUUGCCACAGAAGGAAGAUAAUUUAAGAAACCGAAUUACAAAGUUUUUGUUGGCUGUAACUGAACUUUUUGGAGAAGCCUAUUUGACACACAUAAUGCUGCCUGUAUUCUUGAUAGCGGUUGGGGAUGAAGCUGAUAUGACUUUUUUCCCUUCAUCCAUCCUUCCAAGAAUCAAAGGUUUGAGACCAAGAACUGCUGUGGGUGAGAGGCUUGCUACUAUGUGUGUCCUGCCACUUCUCUUGGCAGGUGUUUUAGGUGCCCCGAGCAAGCACGAAGAAUUAGCAGCAUACUUAAGAAAGCUGCUAGUAGAGGGAACGGUGCAAGAUAAUCAGGCAACCAAGCGCGAUGCUGAGAUUGUUGAUUCCAUCCGUUUCCUUUGUACAUCUGAAGAACAUCAUGGUUUAAUAUUCAAUAUAUUGUGGGAAAUGGUUGUUAGCACCAACAUGGAUAUGAAAAUUAUUACGGCCAAUCUUUUGAAAGUCAUUGUGCCAUAUAUUGAUGCAAAAGUUGCUUCUACUCACGUGUUGCCUGCCUUGGUUACUCUUGGCUCUGACCAAAAUCUGACUGUGAAAUAUGCCAGUAUAGAUGCUUUUGGAGCUGUGGCACAACAUUUUAAAAAUGACAUGAUUGUGGAUAAGAUACGUGUCCAAAUGGAUGCUUUUCUUGAAGAUGGAUCCCAUGAAGCAACUAUUGCAGUGGUCCGUGCCUUGGUGGUAGCAGUUCCACAUACAACAGAGAGACUGAGAGAUUAUCUGUUAUCCAAGAUUUUCCAACUUACAGGCACUCCCAUUGCUGCAAAUGAUGUGAUGCGUCGUCGUGAGAGAGCUAAUGCAUUCUGUGAAGCAAUUCGUGCUCUGGACGCUACAGAUCUUACAGCAGCCAGUGUCCGGGACUACCUCGUACCUACAAUACAAAACCUGUUGAAAGAUCCAGAUGCUCUAGAUCCUGCGCAUAAAGAAGCUCUCGAAAUAAUUCUGAAGGAAAGGUCUGGUGGAACUUUUGAGGCCAUAAGCAAAGUAAUGGGAGCACACCUUGGACUUGCUUCAUCAGUGAGCAGUUUCUUUGGCGAAGGUGGCCUGUUGGGUAAGAAAGAAAGCGCAGAUGCCCCGCCCCCACCCCCACCCCCGGAGCCAGUUGAGUCCCCAAAACAUGAGCCAAUCCCGCCAGCAGAGGACACCAGAUUUAGACGGAUCAUGAGAGGAAAUUUCACAGAUAUGCUUAGGGGCAAAACAAAGGGCCAAGAUGAAACAGCCCAGAACCAAUGAUGUUCAAAGUUUUAAAAACAAAUUGUGUUGGGGUGUACUUUUGUUCCUUUCUUUUCUGUCAUAUCGGAUUUUCUUCUCUUUUUCUUCACAUUUCACAUGAGUUUUUGAUUAAAUUGAACACUGAAAUAUUCAUUAAAUUACCUAUUUUUUUUUUUUUUGACCUUUUGA